CUUCCUUGCAGUUUAUUCUUCUGUGUUCAUUUUUAAGUACCAUUGAUAUGAUAUUAUACAGGACAGAAAUGACACUCAGAAAUGUUGUCAUUAUAAUGAAUCUGGAAGGUUAUAAUUUUUAAUAUAUUUUGUUACAAAAUAAAUUGAUAACUUGGCUGGAUCUGCAGAUGUCUUGGAAAACUAUGUAGAAGUAAGGGUGACAAGUCUUGCCUUAUUUUCUUGCUGGAGAUUGUUUGCUGCCAUCUGCUGGACAGAAGUUGAUUAUCAUGGUUUGCAACAAGACAAAUGCUCAGUGUUAAAGCUGAACACUUGGAGGGAAAGAUGCAGGAAGACUGGCAACAAAUCUGCUGCUGUAUCCUAUGUAAUGGUGAGGGCUGAUUCAAAGCUUAGAGAGAACCAUAUACAGAACAGAAAAAUGAAGCUUUCCCUCAGUGUUUUGUCCAUGUUUGUAGCUCUGGUUGGAGCACUGGGAUUUAUCUUUUUGGUGAUGGCAAUUGGUACUGAUUUCUGGUAUAUCAUAGAUGCUUCUAAACUAGAGAAAAUGAACAACAACUAUUCAGAUCCAUUAAGCUCACACUCUGGACUUUGGAGAACUUGUAAAUUUAGGAGCAGAUGUUUACCUCUGGUAAAUCCCUUCUGGCAUGGCAAUAUAAGCUUCACAGAUUCCCAAAGACAACUCUUAAACAUGCAUGGGACCUUUGUGGUUUUGCUGCCUCUCAGCCUUAUCCUGAUGAUUUUUGGUGGCAUGGCAGGGUUUGUCAGUAUCCUUGCAAGAGUUUACCUUCUGCUCCUACUGACUGGAACACUUUUCCUUUUUGGAGCACUUGUUACCUUGACAGGAAUUAGUGUCUACAUAGCAUAUUCUGCAGCAGCGUUUAAAGAAGCUCUUUGUGUUUCUGGGAAAAAAAUCCUUGAAGAUAUUGAUAUCAGGUUUGGCUGGUCGUUAGCUCUUGCGUGGAUAUCCUUCAUUGCAGAAAUACUUACAGGACUUACAUUCCUAUUGGCUGCAAGAAUUGUGGGCCUGAAACGAAGACGUGAACAGACAAUAUAGUUGCAGCACUUUAACAGAAGCAGUGUAUCAUAAUAUAAAUGAAUGUAUGUCGAUGUUUAUUUCUGUAUAAUAUUUGUAUUUUAAUUGUACAUAUUAUGUAUGUAAAAAUGAAUCUGCAUUUUCCUCUCUAGAAUAUUGACAUGAAAUAUAAAUGCUAUUUUAAAGUUUAUGAGAAACCAAAAUGUCUAGUAAAAACUUUUUAUGCAGUUUGGAUUAUGGUGCAUAUACACACUGUGUUCUGUACUUUUCUUGUUGCUGUUUGUAUACCCAUUGCUAAACUGAAGUUAUAAACAGUGGGGUCAUCAAUAAAUCAUUCUUUCUAAUUUUCA